AUGAUGGAAAAAAUAGUAAAAAGGACUCAGAUACGAAAAAGCCGCCGGCAUCGAGAGGCGAAUGCUAUCUGCGCUGAAAAUUCAAAAUUUUAUUUGACUCCCUUUUUUUUUAUUUUAUAUUCUUUCCGCUUCCUAUGUUUGUUCUCCUUUCUUUGCUUCCUCGCGCCAUCUUUCUCUUCAUUUCUUGGCCUUUUCUUUCGAAUUCAUUUGAUUUAUUUUAAUUCUCCUUCGCUUCUUUCUUUCCUUCUACUUUAUCACUUCACAAGUCAUUAUCUUUCAUUAUCAUUCACUUCACUAAUUUUUGUUUUUCUUGCCCUCUCUCGUUCCCUCUCUCUCUCUCUCUCUCUCUCUCUCUCUCUCCUUCCACAAACACACAAACGCACUUAUAUACACGCUCAUAUAUAUGCAAAAUACCAUAAAUAUACAUAUUUUUUUUCAAUUAAUCUUAUAACCUUUUCUUUUUUAACUACUCUUUUCCUUCCUCUCUCCCUCGUAUUCAUCCCUCCCCUCCCCUCUCUCUCCCCCUCUCUCUCUCCUCACCUUACUUCUCAUAUUAGUUUUUCUUCAUUUCCUACUCUUUACUUGGGCUUCUCCUUCCUCUUCAAUCUCCCUCCCAUCGUCACUUGUUUCCAUCUCCUCUCCCUCCUCCGUCUUCUUCUUUUCUUCCUCCUCCUCCUCCGUCUUCUUCUUUUCUUCCUCCUCCUCCUCCGUCUUCUUCUUCUGUUCCUCCUCCAUCGUCGUCGUCUCCUCCGCCAUUCUUCUUCUUCUUCUUCUUCUUUUUCUUCUCUUCUUCCAUUCAUCUUCUUCUUCUCCUCCUCCUCCUCCUCCUCUUUCCCUUCAUCUUCCUCUUUUCCUCAUCAACCUCUUCCUUUUCAUCAUCAUCAUCAUCAUCUCUUCUUCCUUUUCUUCUCCCUUCCCUUCUUUUUAUCUUCCCCUUCUCUCUCCUCUUCUCCUUCUCCCCUACUCUUUCUCCUCUUCUUUUUCUUCUCUUUCUCCUCCUCUUCUUCGUCGUCGUCUUCUACUUCUUCUCUUCCUUCUCCCCUUCUUCUUAUUCUUUCACCUUCUUCUUCUUCUUCUUCUUCUUCUUCUUCUUCUUCUUCUUCUUCUUCUUCUGUCGUCGUCGUCUUCUCUUCCUCCUCUUUCUUCUCUUCUUCUUCUUCUUCUCAUCCUCCUCUUUCCCUUCAUCUUCCUCUUUUCCUCAUCCACCCCUUCCUUUUCUCCUCCACUUCUCUCUCCUUCUCUCCUCCUCUUCUUUUUCUUCUUUUCCCCCUCCUCUUCGUCGUCGUUGUCUUCUACUUCUUCUCUUCCUUCUCCCAUUCUUCUUCUUCUCUUUCACCUUCUUCUUCUUCUCCUCCUCCUCCCCUUGUUCUUCUUAUUCUUCCCCCUCGCCUUCUUCUUCCAUAUGCUAUCCUUUGUAUCUAUUAA